UUGUAAUACAUCAUCAUCAACCAACAGAAAUCAGCCAACCCCACCAUUUAUGUCUCCUUCUAGCUCAGGAAAUUUCCCAUUUCGUUUUAUGGUCUCUUGCUCUUCAAUCUGUAUCCUCUUAAUAGCUCUAAACUCACGCACAGAACAUCUCUGCCCGGUUUAGGUUUGGUUCUUGAUACUUAUGAUUGUAAAGCAAUUGAGAAAGAAUGGCGGGUUCUUUUUCUAAAGGAGGGAAUAAUAGUUAUGAUUAUUCGUUCAAGAUUUUGUUGAUAGGAGAUUCUGGUGUCGGCAAGAGCAGUCUUCUUUUAAGUUUCAUCUCCAGCUCUGUUCGUGACCUUUCUCCUACUAUCGGUGUGGAUUUUAAGGUCAAGAUGCUCACUGUUGGUGGGAAAAGAUUGAAGUUAACUAUUUGGGACACAGCUGGGCAGGAGCGGUUUGGAACAUUAAUAAGCUCUUAUUAUAGGGGUGCACAUGGAAUUAUCCUAGUUUAUGACGUGACACGGCGAGAAACUUUUGAGAACUUGUCCGAUAUAUGGGCUAAGGAAGUGGAGCUCUACUCCACCAAUCAUGACGGCAUCAAAAUUCUUGUUGGAAAUAAAGUUGAUAGGGAUAGUGAAAGAGCUGUAAGUAGAGAAGAGGGCAUGGCUCUUGCCCAACAGCACAAGUGUUCAUUUUUCGAAUGUAGUGCCAAAACCAGUGAAAAUGUUUUGCAAUGUUUUAAAGAACUCACAUUAAAGAUACUUGAGGUACCUAGUUUAUUGGAAAAUGGCUCAGUAGUGGUGAAGCAACAGAUUAUGAAAGACAAACAAGUAUAUCAAGCACCUCGUGGUGGUGGCAGUUGUUGCUCCUAACUGAAGUACCUGUAAUCAUGGGAUCCAGUAAAGCUCAGGUAGUGGCAAAUCAGUGAAGAUAAGUCGGUGCUAAUGGCAAUUUGGGUGGCCUGAUCUCAUCUGGUGGUCAUCUUUACUGCUUCCAUUGUAAUUCGUGAAGUUUUGGGAAGUCUUUUUUUUACUUGAUAUUAAUACUUUGACCAAAUAGGAAAUGUAUCAUGGGAAGCAAAGUAGAUGUGUACAGUGCCACUGAACUUAUAGCUCAACUGGCUUUUGCAUCUCGAGUCUUGGGUUGAAGACUCUUCUUUGUAAAAAACCUUUUUUUU